UAAUGAGUUCCAUUAAAGAACGCGCACUUGCCAAUAUCAAUCGUUUAUUCAAAAUAACUGAUUCAAAACAACUUGAACAACUUUCCAAAAAAGUAUCGAUAAGUACACAGGAUAUAACACGUUUGAAAGUCGACGCUAUAGUGAAUGCUGCCAACAAUUCCCUUUUAGGUGGUGGUGGAGUAGACGGAGCCAUCCAUCGUGCUGCCGGGCCAGGUUUAUUAAAAGAAUGUAAAACUCUAAAUGGAUGUGAUACUGGGGAUGCCAAAAUCACCAAAGGAUACAAUUUACCAGCUAGUCAUGUGAUUGCUACUGUGGGACCCAUAGCGCCUCCUGAACAACCUGAUGUUUUAGCCUCUUGUUAUCGUCGUAGUCUUCAAGUAUUAGUAUCCAAUCGAUUGCGUACCAUUGCAUUUCCCUGUAUCAGUACUGGUGUUUAUGGUUUUAACAAGGAAAGAGCAGCCAAUAUAGCUCUUGGGACUGUACGACAAUUCCUUGUUUCCAAUGAUGGUGAUUCGGUGGAUCAAGUUAUAUUUUGUUUAUUUAAUCCUGAAGAUAUAAAGAUUUAUCAAGAACUGUUACCAUUGUACUUUCCAUCAACAUCAUCCUAGUAAUAGUUUGUAUCCCCGCAUUCACCUUUUUCUACUUGUCAAAUAAAUGCAUGGUUUUGAUUGGUUUAUUCCUUUUAUCUAUGAAAUGAUUCACUGGGCGUCACAUAAAAAAAAAAAUGCUUUGAUCAAAUAAAAAAUCAUACCCCCCGCACUCUUUUGUCUUUCUUUUUUUUUUUUCUUUUCUCUACAGAUACUUUUUUUUUA